AUUAAAACCGGUAUUUUGCAUUAGUGUAGCCUAUAUUUUGAAGUUGUAUGUAAUCUCUGGGUUCAGCGUCCAGAAUAUACACGCUAUAGCAAAAAAGGUGGAGGGAUCACAUAACGGUGAGAGUAUCGCGAUAACGUUAGUGAUGUCUCAGUGCAACAUUUUCUAUACUAAUAUUUUUGUGACAGGAAAUAUUCUGCAACACCUACAUGAUCAAAUGCAUACAUAAGUACUAUGAGCAUCCAUAUUUUAGCAGAAUUACAAAUAGCAGGUUAAAGCAAGGACAACCACCACCAGGCGCUCCGGCCCAACACAUGGCACAUAGCUAUGGCUCCAGUUGAUGCGGCGAAGCUGUAGGCAGGUGACCCCCUUGGCCGCCACGUCGCGUUACUGGAGCUCUAGCCCUGUGGCUCCGCCCUCAAAACAGUCCAGGCUCCUCCUCUUCCUGAGCCAGCGUUUCCAUGACAUUGAGACUCUCCUCAGCUGGAGCUCCUGGUUCAAGAACCGAGGUCUACGACAGAAGAAUUUUUUCUAUGGUUACACCCAGCAAAACUAUGGGGACAACAUUGCAGCUGCUUAUUACAUCCUUAGCCUGAAGGGAGGAUUCAGGUUUGCAGGGCAGUCAGAGUGGUUCCGAUCAGACAGAAGAGGGAAGUUCAGUUGGGACUUCAUGAACCACCGGGACACCUCCAUAGAGGAAGUGGAUGUCCGCAACACGCUCAUUAACUACACAGGCCUGGAAAACCUCGUGAAACAGAGGGGGCUGCGUACUCUCUCUGUGAGUGGCUGCGCUGAGGUGGAUGACUGGUUCCUGUCCCGCCUCUAUAUCUUCCAGGACACCCUGGAGGAGCUGGACAUUUCGAACUGUCCCCGAAUCUCUGUGGGGGGCCUGGCCGCACUGCAGAAGCUGAGGGGUCUGCGACGGCUGAACGUGUCCUCCCUCCCCAGGCUCCAGAACCCUGGGCUGGUCGCCAUCCUGCUGGAGGAGAUGCUUCCUCGUUGCCAUGUUACUGCUGUCGGGUACGACCACAGCCUGAUCUACAGCCCCACACAGACCGACGGCUAGACGCCCAGACACAGAUAAAGGCCCAGGCAGAGGCUGGACGUCAAAAUCUGACUAGAGAAGUGGAGAGACAAUCGAAGUUGGGCAUGGUGACAAAUGCUCUUAUUCGCUCUCUUUUUGAUUCUUUAACUAAUACACACACGGACAAACAGGCAGGGAGGGAUGCCCAUUUAGUGUGUGAUGUAGAUCCUCACUGAUUUAAAACAAGAUAAAUUAUCAGAGAAGGGUUUUACUUACUUGUAGAGCAACAUUGUCGUCCUUAAGCUACCAAAAUGAUCAGUCGAAAUAUUUCCUUCAAAAUAUGUAUAUAUGAUGAUGGUAUGGAUUAUUAUUAUUAUUAUGCGUUGUAUUGGUGAUUUAAAUAAAACUAUUUGUAAAGUAUG